AUGUCUACCAUCCUUCAGGACCAUAUGAAGGAAUAUAUCGACCGGGCGGUCCAAACAUCGACUCCUCCAAUGCUCUCACCUAUGCCAGAACCCAACAUCGGGCUUUCCAAUUCUCCUUUCCGUAUCAAUUCUCCUUUCCGUAUCACUCCAACUUCUGAAUCCAUACAAAUAUCUGGAAUGUCUUCCUCCUCUCCGUCUCCCCAAAAUCUUGGCGCAUAUAGUCCCCCGCUGUCAAGUCAGCGUAUUUUGAAACCUUACCUGCCUAGGAAUAGACCGUCGCAGUCCCAGGGCGAGACGGCGAGGAUCUCGUCUUUCCCGGAGACGGAUCCAUUUUUCUCGGCCAAAGUAGAGCUCCAGUCCACAUCCGUUCGAGUCGUAUCUAUGCCAGAGCAACGACCAUCUGGUGUAUAUUUUCUAGAUACGAGCUUGUCCUCCGAUGGAGUCAACUCCGUUUUGUACAAUGGAGAUUCCUUUACAUCGUCCACAGAUGGCGACCUUUCUGGUAUCUAUAUUCCUCGAAUCGAACAAGGUAUACCUCACACACCUUCCCCAUCGCCCUCUCUAGACUCAGUUCUCAUCAUCGAGAAUAACGGUGAGCUCUCCGAAGCUUUUCUGCGCAAUAACCAAAAGGUCAAGGAAAAAGACCCGGAAUUGUCCGUACAGCAAACACAACGUGAAGAUGGAGGAUGGAUCACCUGGGCAAAGUCUCCGCCAAGGCCUAUUCCUGCACUUCAUGGACCUCUAUCAUUACCAUAUGCUCGCUGUCCUUCGGGUGCUGAGGGUACGAUUAUCGAAGAGCCAGAUAACUUGCCUCGCAUGAUCUGGGGACUUAGCGGAGGCGGGCAGUCACCGCCGGAUUCACCACCCACACAACACAAACCGAACAUCCGACCAGCGAUCCAGUCGUCACACAUCUCUCUUCCACCUAGAUUCCAGAAGCCUUCAAACAGUCUGGGUAUUUCUCAACUCCAGCCACAUCCUCCUCCCGCUGCUAGCUCUCGUCCAAACAUGACGAUAGGUGUGCCAGCGAACCAAGCGCACAAGUCGACCCUUCAAGGCUUCAACGUCGACUCGCAAUACCUGCGUGACAAUUAUGACGAUGCUAUCGUUUUGGAGAACCUUGUUCAAGAGCAGCAGGUCAACAGAGGAGCCUAUGAUCUGGGAUACGACCGUGCUAUGGAGGACUUGCGGGGAUUGGCUCUGGACAACGCUCUGAACUUGCAACAUCUGCACGAAGAGGCCCAGGUCCACUCAAGAUUGUCUGCCAUGGAUAGGUAUUCCGGCCUCAGCUGUUAUGCUUUGCCAGAACCGAUUGUGCCGCACAUGGAACACUCUGUCAACCACUUCCAGCACAUUCCUAUGAAGGUCUCAUCUCGUCCUGCUGUUGGCUCUGCGCUUCCUCAGAUACUCAUCGAACCUCGCUCGCCUCCAUCUAUGGCUGCUCAUCGUCGCCUCUCUGCCAUGGAGAUCGCUCAACAGUAUCAGCAGCAGCAGCUUUAUAGACAGCAUGGGAGCUUGUUACCUACUCCGCCUAGCUCUUCGUCUCCUCUGUGGUCCUCGGGCUUCUCUCCGUACGAUGAUGCUUUGCUGUCCCCAAACUGGGCGACCUCUCAGGUACCCGGACGCCCUAACGCGAUUACUCAAGCGCUCUAUCCUGAUGCUUCUGAUGAUCUACGCCGACUAUACGAACGAGUCAAUGAUGUUGGUCUCCGCUCGGACGUGGCUGCUUCACUUGCUCCUCCUGCUCAGAUUAAACCAAGUCCUAGACUGCUGCCGACUGUUCAGAACACUACGAGUGUAUCUUCUGGUGCUCUGGUUGAUUAUCUCACCAGUCGCGAUGUCCAGUACUCGCCUCAACGUCCAGCCCCGCCCCCUAAUACUCCGCGUUCUCGCACGGUAUCUCAAGAACAGCCUGCUCGCCGCCAAUAUGCAUACGUUGCAGCUCCGCUCUCUCCUACGUCCCCUGAAGCGCGUGGCCACAGCCUGUCUUAUCACCAACCUCGUUCUGUCCCUUUCGCUCGGCUCAUCCAACGCCGCCUGUCUGCCGUUCCAGAAGAAGAUAACAAUUCAACCGUUCGCGGCCGCUCUCCUUCUCCUUCUAUGGCUAAUACUGAUAUGUCGAGGACUCGUCAUCAGCCUGUUGUUGCGGGUGCUCCAGCCUCAGCUUCAGCAAGGGCGCACAUCACAUCGCAAAGACAAAAUGCUGUGAUCCGUCCAACUCGAUCAUGGCGUCAACCGUACGGUGCAACCCACGUCAGGACUUCAGAAGUCUCAAGUCUUGAGCAGUAUGGCGAACCUGCAGCGGCAUAUACCAAAGUCAAGCCCCCGACAACGAAUGUCAGGAAUGAACAAGACAUGAGAGGAUCAAGACUCAACGCGGCUGUCCCCGCUGGAGAUGAGCGAUUGAGGGAUAGCGAGAGUCAAAAGGAGAACAGUAGUAGAGGCGGGGCAGGAAGGAAGAGGGGAAAAGGAAGAGGCCGUAGAGGAUUCAACGGGCACUCCGAUCUGUCGUCAGCGAGGACGUAG